AUGGAGGAGAUAGCUCAGGCAGUUGCGGUUCCAUAUAGGCUAGGUAAUUUGAUCCAUGAAGAGUCAGCAGUAAAAAUCCAAAUGGAAAUGACUGGCCUCAAGCUAAUAGCAAAUUCACCUUGUGAGUCCUUUUCUUGUGGAAAUGAAAGUUACAGAAGCAAUGGUCCACAUGAUGAAAACAGAGUAGAAGCCACUGUGUCGAAUAUGCUUGCGGGAUAUGUGGGUGAUCAGAUUUCUAAUGAAAAUAUUGAUUGGGGAAGUAAGGAGUACAACAAGUUCAGGCCAUCAUGUGAGGUUGGCAAUGGAUCUAGUACUACUUCUGAUGCCUCUACAUCGCUUAUUUCGGCAACUAGGGAUAAGAAAAUUUGUAGAACAAGCUGCAGUCAGAAAGUUUUCGAUUUGGAUCGAGUACCCCUAUGGGGUUACACAUCUAUCUGUGGAAGGAGACCGGAGAUGGAAGAUGAUCUUGCCGUUGUACCUCGAUUUUUGAAGAUUCCUAUUCAGAUGCUAAUGGAUGACUCUGGUUUGAAUGGCAUGAAUCAAAACCCAAGUCACUUAACUGCCCAUUUCUUUGGUGUCUAUGAUGGCCAUGGGGGUUGCCAGGUUGCUAACUAUUGUCGCGAACGUGUACAUUCUGCAUUGGCUGAAGAGAUAGAAACUGCAAAAGCAAGCUUGCGUGACAGAAGUACUGGUGAAGGUUGGCAGGAGCAGUGGAAGGAGGCUUUCUCCAAUUGUUUCUUGAAAGUGGAUGCUGAGAUUGGAGGACCUCCGAAAGGCACGAAUGUGAGCAACACUUGUACUUCUGGUGACUAUGAUCUCCAACCUAUUGCUCCUGAAACUGUCGGUUCUACUGCUGUAGUCACCGUUAUCUGUCCAACCCAUAUCAUAGUGGCAAAUUGUGGUGACUCAAGAGCAGUAUUAUGCAGAGGAAAAGUGGCUGUGCCAUUGUCAGUAGACCACAAGCCAAAUAGAGAAGAUGAAUGUGCAAGGAUAGAGGCUGCAGGAGGCAAAGUCAUCCAGUGGAAUGGUUCUCGUGUAUUUGGUGUUCUUGCAAUGUCAAGGUCCAUAGGGGACAGAUACUUGAAACCGUGGAUUAUUCCGGAUCCAGAAGCAGUGUUUGUUUCUCGAGAAAAGGAAGACGAGUGCCUUAUUCUAGCCAGCGACGGGUUAUGGGAUUUCAUGACAAACCAGGAGGCCUGCGAUAUUGCACGAAGGCGGAUCCUUUUGUGGCACAAAAAGUAUGGUGAUACCACCAUGUCAAUGGAAAGGGGUGAGGGAGUUGAUCCUGCUGCUCAAGCUGCAGCAGAUUAUCUCUCAAGGCUUGCCUUGCAAAAGGGGAGCAAAGACAACAUCACUGUAGUGGUGGUAGACUUGAAAGCAACAAGGAAGUUUAAAAGAAAAACCUAA